AUGCAGGCUUUUGUCCCGAAGAACCGGAGGGCAAGUUGGAACUCCCCCCGGUUUGAGCUUGUUCUUAGGAUCAUCGAUCUCAACAAUGUACCCCUCGUAAACGGAACUGCAUAUGUGAAAUGGCGCUUGCCUUCGUCGAGCGCGACAGAAAAUCAUGGACAAACGGAUAAGGCAGUGAUUCUGGAUCAUAGGGCAUAUUGGAACUACGAGAAAACACUGCAGGUUCGGCUUACAAUCGAUCGCAGCCAGACGCUUCAUGAAUGCGACGUUCACUUUGAGAUCAUUCAAGAGUUUGAAUCCGGAGGAAUCGGAGACAAUAAGAAUGUUUUAGGAAAGAUUCGUCUUAACCUCGCCGAAUAUGUGGAGAAAAGCGAUGAUCAAGAAGGAGUUGUCAGAAGAUAUUUGAUGCAGGAAAGUAAAAUCAACAGCACCCUCAAGGUCGCGAUAGCAAUGCGUCAAGUGGAAGGGGAUCGAAAUUUUACCACACCGCCUCUUAAAUCGGCAAUGGUUUUUGGGGGAAUCGCCGGCGUCGUCUCUGCAGAACAGGGAGAGCAUCCUGUCGACUUGGGUCGAAUGCCAUCAAUCAGCAGUCAAAGCAGAGAAGCCGCAGACAUGCAGGACAUGUAUCGCCGCACAUUGGCUGCUUCCUGGCAUGCUGGAUCCAACGACCUGCCUGCAGAUAAAUUGAUUGAGGAGUUGUUUUCGGGCUCUGUUACCUGGACUAACGACACCCACGAAAGCAAGCUUGAUGAUGAGGGUAGAUGGGCCGCUGGUACGGGCGAAAAUCCCAGACCUGCAUUCACACGCAAUUCGUACAAACUUGGAAAGCCAAUGGACAGUGAGCGUCGCAGACGGCAGAUGAAAAAGGCCCCGAUUGGGGUAACAGCUCUGGGAAAACCUGGAGAGAUUGUUUUAGUUAAGGAUCAAGAACGGCGUCGAGCUCUAAAAUGCAGGACCAACUCCGAUAAGAGCUCGACGGAGAGCGGACUCCCCUUCAUGCUCAAGGACAUUGAGCCGGAUAGCUACUCCGAUGACCAGGCUAUGGUCUCAAAGCAUGUCAAGAGUUUUCGACCAUCCUAUCGGCCUGGACAUAAGUUGCCUGUUCACGAAUGGAACGAACUCAGAAGAAGCCUCUUGUCGUCAUUUUAUACCAUGCAAUUGAAGCACUACGCCAGGGAUUGGAUACUGCAAAAGGAGAGGGAAGUGCAAGAACAUGGGAAUGACAUGGUCACGCCCUGGAAACCUGGAAUUUCGCCGUUUCUAGAUACCGGCAAUACACUCGUUGCCGAUAGAAUUGCUAGAAUGCACGAGGAUAUUAAAGGCAAAAAGCUCUAUGCAGAAAGAAUCCUCCGGGAUUGCUGGCAACUUGGAAUUCUCAACGAAACAGGCCAGAUAUAUUACCGCCUCUCUGCCCCAGUGUUAUCAUUGCUUCUAUCCUCGGCCAACUUUUCCUUCGAGGAAUUAGCUAGUCUCCACGACGCCAAAAUUGACGUCACCCACUCGCUUCGCCUCGUUGUAAUUAGUGGGAGCCAAAAGGCAUGCGAAUCCAUACGUGACAUCAUCCACGAUACUACAACCAGGAUACGGCAGGAGAGUGUUGAGCUAUAUUCACCAAGUGGCAUUAAAGCUAAAGAAACUGGUUGUGUUUUGAAGCAAAGUUUCCUGUCAUGGGUGAGCAAGACUUAUGGUGUGGCGUUUGAGAUACAUAAGUCGGAACCAAGUAAGAUUCUUUAUCUUGCUGAAAAUAAGCAGGGCGCGGACAAUGCUAGAAGAACCUUGAAUCUUGCGAUGCACGACAGCACUGCUCCUCGAGUUCCAUUCAGCACUUAUUUAUCUGCCUCUGAGCCUGUUUCUUAUUAUGCUGUCGACACCGAACGCAAUACAACGUGGAGGGAUCGGGAACGGCCGUGGGUUCGAUGGGCUGCGACGUCUUCUCAGGCCACUGUGGCGAAGAUAAUGGAAACGCCUUUCUUUAACAAGCAUGAGACACGUUUAUCGGACGGACUUCUUAAAUUGCUUCGAGCGAAAUCCUCUCCAGAUGCAGACCAGCACCGCAGUGCCAAGGUCCAGGAGUCCAUCAUAGCGAAGGUUGGCAGGUGUCUUUUCUUACACAAGACUUCCCUUACGGAUAAGAGCAUCAGUGCAAUGCAGCUAGGAAAACUGUCACUUCCUCGAGCAUUCACCACCGACGUCCCUCGAGUGACAUCUUUUCUUCGUUCGUUGACACCUCGUGCUCUUGAUGAUGAGUCUAUGUAUACUCACCGCAUUCGCCUGGUCCCCUCAUUCAGAUAUGCCGACGCGUUCCCAGAGCUCAAUGUAGAGGUUACCACUCAAAAAACGCAUGCUGCCUCUGGUUCCAGCAUAGAACUAUCCCUGCAAAGUGCCAAAGCGGUUCUUACCGAAAGCAACGUGGACUAUUUACUUCCGGAGAACGGGCUAGAUCUACGAUUCACGCGGAAAUUGACCCGGGAGCUCUUGGAAGCGCCCCAGGAAGACUCUCUCCUGCGAGAUCUUCGAGACACCUUACAAGUCUUCUCCAAGGCUAGGAUGCACAGAGAAGACAUGCCGCUUCCACCCUUCUUCCAGAUCUCCUUGCCGAAUGAGUUUCUGCGCAACGGAAAUGGAACCCACGAUCCGAAUGGUCACACUACAGGCGAAUACAUGUCUCUACCCAUAAAUGACAUCCAAGGCACGCGCAUCCACCGCUACGAUUUCCGGGGCUACCAGCUCAACUACUCUUCCUAUGAAACUGGGCCAUAUUACCCCAAUCGGACCACAGAUUGUUUCCUUGACAUGGAUAUGUCGGAGAAUUCUCAACUCUAUCCCGAUUCAUCCAGUGCACCUUCCGAUCUCUCGAACGGAACAUCCCGUGACUUCAAUUCGUUCUACACAACGGCUUGUGAAUUGGCCAUCGAGUUGGAUAAAGCCUGGCGGACGAUGUGA